AAAUUGACACCUCGUUUGGUUCUUUCUCCUUCCCUGCUCUCUUCGGUAGGAUGUUCGUCAAAUCCGAGACCUUGGAGUUGAAGGAGGAAGAGGACGUGCUGGUGCUGCUGGGUUCGGCCUCCCCCGCCUCGGCGGCCCUGACCCCGCUGUCGUCCAGCGCCGACGAGGACGAAGAGGAGGAGCUGGGCGCGGCGGGCGGGGCGCGGCGGCAGCGAGGGCCGGAGGCCGGGCCCGGGGCGCGGGGCGGCUCGCCCGCCGGAGCCGAGGGCUGCCGGCCCGCGCGGCUGCUGGGGCUGCUGCACGAGUGCAAGCGGCGCCCCUCCAGGGCGCGGGCCGUCUCCCGCGGCGCCAAGACGGCCGAGACCGUGCAGCGCAUCAAGAAGACGCGCAGACUGAAGGCCAACAACCGCGAGCGCAACCGCAUGCACAACCUCAACGCGGCGCUGGACGCGCUGCGGGAAGUGCUCCCCACUUUCCCCGAGGACGCCAAGCUCACCAAGAUCGAGACCCUGCGCUUCGCCCACAACUACAUCUGGGCGCUCACCGAGACCCUGCGCCUGGCCGACCACUGCGGGGGUGGCGGUGGAGGCCUGCCGGGGGCGCUCUUCUCCGAGGCCGUCUUGCUGAGCCCGGGAGGCGCGAGCGCCGCCCUGAGCAGCGGCGGAGACAGCCCGUCGCCUGCCUCCACGUGGAGCUGCACCAACAGCCCCGCGCCGUCCUCCUCCGCGUCCUCCAACUCCACCUCCCCCUACAGCUGCACUUUAUCUCCCGCCAGCCCGGCGGGGUCCGACAUGGACUUUUGGCAGCCCCCGCCUCCCGACAAGCACCGCUACGCACCUCACCUCCCCAUAGUCCGGGACUGUAUCUAAAGCCGCCAUCUCUGCCACCCACGCCAGGCCUUAGUGGAGUUCCCUUCCUGUCCCCGACAGAGCCCUCCUCCCACCCCUCUCCUGCCCCCAUUUUCCACCACUUCACAGAGCAGAUGUAGCCGUUCUGAUUCCUCGGUUGUUUGUGGCGUUCCUUGGGUAAAGGUUUCCUUCAUUCAGACGGGCUCUAAUUUAUUGCAAGUGUGAUGGAGCUUAUUGUCAAAGAGGAUGGUGGAGUUUGGGGGGCACUCCUUACGGCUAAAAAGAUGCUGGGAAGAGACGAAGGCGGCACGUCUAAGGAGUUUGCCGCGCGGACUGACGCUCCUCCCCUCUCUGUAACGUCGGAGGACUCGGUACAGUGCGUGUGAAUCUCCCGGGGGAAUGCAACUGGUUCCUGUGAUCUCUUCACCUUUGCUUCUACAUAGAGAUGUUAAUGUCGAGUAGAAAGAAAUGUAUCUUAGCAUCUGAAUGAUUUUACCGGUAAUAAUAUUAUCCACAGAUUUGCAAUGGCUGGCAUCUGCUUUCUUCCCAUUGCUGUCUGCGGGCUGUGGGAAUUUCACCUGUCAAACCGAACUUUCCCUCUCUCAUGUGCACUUUGUUCUGUUUCCCAGAUUCGUCACAAUACCUAUUGUCCCGUCCUUCUCUUUCCUUUUUCUUCUCCAUUUUGCCAUCUGUCUCUUAUGAUUUAUAAGGGGGAAAAAGUUGUUUUGUUAGAGGGCCAGGUUAGAAGUCAUUGUAUAAUUUGUAGCCUUUGUAAUGACUGAAUGCGAGCGUGGAAAUUUAGGCUGAACUCUCUAUCAAAAGGAAAAAUGUGAAGGAAAAGGGAAAAAUCAGGAGGGAGGAUUGCUUCAUGCAUUAUUUAUC